AUGAUGAAGAGUGUGAUGGCAGCUCUGUCUGUGCUGACAGUCAACAUGUUCCUGAGCCUCUUCUUCCCUGCAGCUGUUUCAGGUGAUGAAGCUGAUUGUGGUUCUGUAACACCACCCCUUCGCAUCACAACACCAGGGAUGAUGGAAGCUCUGAGUGGAUCUUGUUUGCUAAUCCCAUGUAGUUAUGAACUAACAGAUUCAAAAUAUGACAGAAGCAAAACAAUCUAUGGAGUUUGGAAGAAAAAUAUGUGGCCUUCUCCAAGCAAUAACGUUUUUCACAGCGACGGAUCAGUUAACGUCUAUAAAUUGAGCAUCACUGGAAACCUGAAGGACAAAGACUGCACCACUCUGUUUCCUGAUUUAAACACAAGUUAUUCAGACAAAUACUUCUUCAGAAUUGAGAGCGAACUUUUCAAGGCAACAGCUUGUGCUGAUUCUCUUCAAAUAUCAGUUAAAGAUUCUGCCUGGAGUCCCAGCAUUAAAGUCUCAGGUGAUCUGAAGGAUCUGAAGGAGGAGGAGUCUGUCUCCAUCACCUGCUCAGCUCAGACUCCCUGUCCACACUCACCUCCUGAACUCACCUGGAGUCUCCAACAAGACUCUCAGAGAACAGAGAAGAACCCAGAUGGAACGUUUACAACUAAAAUCCAGGAGAACAUGAUUCUGUCAGACACACAUGAUGGAGACAACAUCACAUGUUCUGUCAGAUAUCCUGUGGAUGGAGGGAAACGUAAGAAGACAGCAGAAACAAGUCUGACUCUCAGUGUUUCCUAUGCUCCUAAAAACACCUCAGCAUCCAUCAGUCCAUCAGGU